AUGCAGUCUGAGUCCAAGAAGUAUGAAGAAGAGAUGCCUUCUCUGCACUGGGGGAUGGAUCCUGUAUUUUCUGCAUUUGCAAAACUCUAUAUUAAAGAUAUAAAAGAAAUGAGAGAAUCUAAACAAGUGCCAGGUAUAUUCUUUUAUAACGGACGUCCAGUAAGACAGGUGGAUGUUGUCGGAAUAGUGGUUCAAAUGAAAGAGCAGGAUGCCUUUUGUAAUUAUGGAGUGGAUGAUAGCACUGGAGUUAUAAAUUGCGUCUGUUGGAAGAAUCCCAUGGUAGCAGAAACAUCUUUAUCAGGUUGUCCAAGCACACCCAGCAGUCUUACUGUGUUUGAACAGAUGAAGAAACUCCAAGAAAUAGUGAGACAGAAAACUAAGCUGGAAAUCGGGGAUGUUGUCCGGGUCAGAGGUCCCGUCCGAACCUAUAGGCAACAAAGAGAAAUUCAGGCUUUGUGGUUUUGUAAAGUGGAUGAUCCUGUGUAUGAUGUUCAGAUUUCAAGAAUGCUGGAGCUCCCCUGUCUCUAUAGGGAAGUUUAUGAUAAACCUUUCCAAGGCCCCGAGGAGGGACAGAGUGGCCUGGGGAGUCAGAAUUUCUCAAUCAAUAUGCUGCAUGAGAAAGUGAAAGGCUUUCUAUUAGAAAACAAAAUUCAGACCUUUUACCAACAGGAGUUGGAAACAAUUGAUGCUCUGGUGUCUCUGGCUGGUGUGGAUCUCCCCACUCCCAGCUGUCAGGAG